AUUUACAUAAGCAUAGCAAAAGUACAGAAUUUAAUGCUAAUUACUCUCGAAAUGUGGAUGAUCCACAAGCUAAUUCAGUAAUGCGUAAUCAUAUGCACCAACAUGUCAAUGGAAAUAUUCUAAACAAAGCCUUUAACAGAGAUCGGAAUCGAAUGGAUCAUUUUUCAUCGAAAAGUAAAUCAUCAAUGUCACUUAAAAAUAAACGAGUGAGAACAAUUUUUACCCCCGAACAACUGGAGAGACUUGAAGCUGAGUUUGAGCGACAACAAUACAUGGUUGGACCUGAAAGAUUAUAUCUUGCUCAUACUCUUCAGUUGACAGAAGCGCAAGUCAAAGUGUUCCAAAAUCGUCGAAUAAAAUGGCGAAAACAUCAUCUUGAAAUCACACAACAACACUUAGCAAUCGCAAGACAACGACAAGUUCCAGUUCCAUUACCAUCAACAUCACGAAAUCUGUCAGAAGAGUCAACACAUUCAGAAGAAGGUCAAAUCGUAAGUGAUGCUGAUGAUUAA